AUGAACAGGGAAGGGGAGACUUCCGAGGAGAGGUCUGGCCAGGCGCCGGCGCCGGCGCCUGGCCAGACCUCUCCUCGGAAGUAUAAGGGGGUGCGGCUGCGGAAGUGGGGCAAGUGGGUGGCGGAGGUGCGGUACCCCAACAGCCGGAAGCGCCUGUGGCUGGGGUCGUUCCCAUCGCCGGAGAUGGCCGCCAGGGCUUACGACGCCGCCACGCUCUGCCUCCGCGGCCCCGUCGAGCAGCACUACUUCAACUUCCCGGAUCAGCUGCCGGACAUAGCGGCGCCCGAGGGGCUGAGCCGGCCCGAGAUAAAGUACAGGGCGGUGAGGUACGCGCGAGAAGGCACGAGGGGAUCGCAGGCUCCGCCGGCGACGGAGAGGGGCGACAGUGGCAGCGGCGGUGGCGGCCAGGUCGAGGCUGCGGAGAAGGACGGAGGCGGAGAAGGUGGUUUGGGUAUUGAUGAGGUGUUGCUGCCGGAGUUUAUCUACGGCGAUCCUUUGGCAUUGGACGACGCCCAGUGGAGUGUAGCCGAUCAGGAUUACUGGAACGACGGCGGCGAUGAUGACGGCGGAGAUAUGUUCGGUUCGAUUCAACUGUGGAACCUUGACUGA